AUGCCGACCAGGAAGUUAGCUAAAUGGCAAAUGUUGUUGAGUGAGUUCGAUAUCGUGUAUGUGACUCAGAAGGCGAUAAAGGCACAAGCUUUUGCUAUUCAUCUUGCGGAAAAUCCCGUUGACGAAGAAUAUGAACCUCUCAAUACAUAUUUUCACGAUGAAGAAGGUAAAGUUGUUGGAGCAGUCUUGGUAUCAAAAACUGGUCAGCACUAUCCUAUGGCAGCCAAACUGCGAUUCAACUGCACAAACAACAUGGCUGAGUACGAAGCUUGCAUUCUUGGUUUAAAAAUGGCCAUCGACAUGAAUGUUUACGAAUUACUGGUUAUUGGAGAUUCAGAUCUCUUGAUUCAUAAAGUUCAAGGAGAAUGGGCUGUGAACAACCCAAAAAUCAUACCUUAUGUACAGUACGUGCAAAAUCUGUGCAAAAGGUUCCGCAAGAUCGAGUUCAUAUAUACUCCCAGAAUACAGAAUGAAUUAGCUGACGCUCUUCCCACCAUCACUUCAAUGAUCAAACAUCCGGAUACUGAUUACAUCGACCCACUGGAUAUAGACUUGCAGGAAAAUCUAGUCCAUUGUUCACACGUUGAAUCAGAACCAGAUGGUUUGCCUUGGUAUUUUGACAUAAUGAGAUAUUUGGAGUCUGGGGCAUAUCCAGAAGACGCUACAUCUAGACAGAAGAAACCGAUACGUCGUAUGGAUCUCAAUUUCUUCUUGCAUGGAAAAGUCCUGUAUAGGUGGACUCCAUAUUUGGGUAUUUUAAGAAGUGUAGAUGCUGCCGAAGCUGUGACGCUUAUUGAGCAGAUAGAUGCUGGAUUUUGCGGUACACACAUGAACGGACUUACCUUGGCAAGAAAGGUUCUUCGAGCUGGUUAUUUCUGGAUUACUAUGGAGAAUGAGUGUUGCAAAUUAGUGCAAAAAUGCCACAAAUGUCAAGUGCACGGCGAUUUGAUAUGGGUGGCGCCUCACGAACUUUAUGCUAUGAGUUCACCUUGGCAAUUUGUAUCUUGGGGAAUGGAUGUCAUCGCCUCUUACAAAUCGGUAACCAAGAAAGUGGUGGCUGACUUUGUCCGCAACAAUCUGAUAUGCCGAUUUGGAUUUCCAGAAUCCAUCAUCACUGAUAACGGUGCAAAUCUCAACAGUCAUCUGAUGAAAGAGAUAUGUGAAGAAUUUAAGAUUAUUCACCAGAGGUCAAUUGCUUAUCGCCCUCAAAUGAACGGAGCUCGAGGUUGGCAUGAAAUGUUGCCAUAUGCUCUGCUAGGUUAUCGAACAAUGGUCAGAACAUCGACUGGGGCUACCCCAUACUUGCUAGUAUAUGGAACAGAGGAAGUCGUACCUGUUGAAGUCGAGAUACUGUCAUUGAGGAUCAUCCAAGAAGCCAAAUUGAGUAACGCCGAGUGGGUUAGCAAACGGAUUGAUGAACUAGAUUUGAUUGAUGAGAAGAGGAUGGUCACUAGUAUUUUUCCUCAUCGAGACGAGUACAAAGGAAAGUUCGCACCAAACUGGAAAGGUCCCUACAUGGUUCGUAAAGUACAAUAUGGAGGUGCUUUGGUCCUGUCCGAGAUGGAUGGCACCAUAUGGCGCAAGCCUAUCAACUCAGAUGCUGUCAAGAGAUACUACGCGUGA